GUUGGAUUUAUGCAACUCUAACACCUGUAGACUGCCUGGCCUUCGCAGGACAUUUUCUACAUAGUCUAAGUGUUGAAAUGCAGAUGAGGGCAUAUGAAGUAGAAAGACGAUUGAAAAUUGUCAGUCUGACCCAGUUUCCAAACUUUGAAACUGCAUGUUGGUAUAUGGGAAAGCAUCUACUAGAGACGUUCAAAGGUUUGCAUAAAGCUGGGCAACAACCUCCUGCUCAUUUACUCCAAGGAGCAAAAAUUCUCAAUGGUGCUUUCAGGUCAUGGACUAAAAAACAGGCUUUAGCAGAGCAUGAAGAUGAACUACCAGAAAACUUCAAACCAGCACAACUCAUCAAAGACCUUGCCAAAGAAAUAAGAUUAAGUGAGAAUGCUUCAAAAGCCAGCAAAGCAGACACGAGUGCCAACACAAAUGCCGAGGAGAUCUGUCCUGUGGAGAAGGAAGAGGCACCAUCACCCGUCCAAGUCACUCCUCCGCCCCCACCUGUAGAAAAGGUCCCGAAAAAAAAGACUCCCAAAACUGUGAAAACCCCCAAACAACUCAAGCCAUCCAAACCCCCCAAACCUCCCAAGCCACCCAAACCCCCUAAGCCUCCCAAAAUACCAAAAGUUAAGGGAGAAGGAAAAAAGAAAGGGAAAAAGGCAAAAGAGAGUCCACCACCAGCCAUCCCAAAUCUCGACUUGCUGGAGGCACACACCAAGGAGGCUUUGACAAAGAUCGAGACGCCAAAGAAGGGGAAGGUUGCAAAGAAUGUUUUAAGUGUUCCCAAUAAGGAGACUGCUGGUAAGCAGAAUGAGGUGGAGAAAUUUGAAGUUCGAGAGCAAAAUAAAAGCAAAACAGAAGCCAAAUGGAAAUACAAGAACAGUAAACCUGAUUCACUUCUUAAAAUGGAAGAGGAACACAAGUCGGAAAAGACGCCUUUAUCAGGAAAUAAGGACAACAAAUUUACAUUCUCUUUCUCUAAUAAGAAGUUGCUUGGUUCAAAGGGAGUCAAAACCCAGCUGAAUACUAGUGUGUUUGGGUCGCUGCAGAAUUUUAAAGAAGAUAAAGCAAAACCUGUACGAGAUGAAUAUGAGUAUGUGUCAGAUGAUGGUGAACUAAAAAUUGAUGAGUUUCCAAUCAGAAGGAAGAAAAACACUACAAAAAGAGAACUGCCCUUUUUAUCAGAUAAAAAAGACACUCUGCAGCACACUCCUGUUAAGAAGCCAAAGGUGGAGUCGGUAUCAUACAAGAAUGAUGACUCAUCAGAUGAAGAUUUGCUUCACAUUGACACAGAGGCGAAGCCAGGACGCAAUUCCAAAGUAAAGAAAGAGAGUGGAAUUUUUGAUCUUUUGCAGGCAAGCAAGGAAGUUGGAGGUUUAGAGUAUAACACCAACAG